ACGCUUCAGGCGAAUGCCUUUCACGCUUUUUAAAACACCGGACCAUUAUUGUUUUUACCUGAUUAAUACAAAUUUUUAGUCUGCAUCAAACAUUUUGAUCAAUACAAAUUGCUGUUUUUAAUUGUGAGAUUUCAAUCAUAAACGUCAAUGAUCAAUACGGUAAGCAUGAGUCUGAUGUAAUUGAAAUUCUUCUUCUCGAGUAAUAGCGGCUUCAGUGAAAGCAGCUCAAUCAAGCUGAAGUACUUCAAAGCGGCUCAGUGAAAGCAGAUCAGUCAAAGCUGAAGCCAAUCCCAAACGGGCAUCGAGUGUGAGUGCUUGAAAAAACAUAUAACAGUGCAAAAAAGCGCGGGGAAUGUUUAUGUGAAGAGUUGGUCAGAAUGGAGGAUUCGGGAGAUAUUCUCUGUCAAGUAUCGGCCUUCAAGGACAUGCUAGACCAAGUAAACGAAGAGAUUGAGGCGAAUAUUCAGACGACAAGAGAGAUAGAAUCUGAAAUUGUGAAAUGUGAUGAAAUCGAGAACGAGAUUGCCACGAGAGAAUCGGGGUUGACGAAGAUGAUAUUUGCUGCGGAGUUUGAGAUGAGCGAAUUGAUCCAAGUGUCCGCUGUUGCAAGAACCUCUUUGGAACACUUGGAGAAGGAACUGAGUUAUUUGAGAAUGAAAAGGGAGGAGGUGAUAAAGCGAGUGACUGACAAAUGGGAAGCAUUUAUUAUUCUAUGCAGAAAGUUCCAAGGGGACAUUACCAAGGGAGAAGAUGAUGAAUUAUGGAAACUGUUGUCACAGAAAGAGGUUUUGGAAAAUGAAAAUUACAAUUUGAGUAUGAAAGUUAAUGCUUUGAGAAAUUCAAUGUCUGCAUUUGUGGAAGUGACCCUUGAGGAGCUUCACAAUUCUAAUUCUGCCUUGGAAGUUGAAAUACAACAUCAAAAUUGGGAAAAUGAGAAAUUAUUGGAUGAUAUUGAAGAGUUGAAGACUUCAUUACUUGCGACAAGUUCAUCUGAUAAUAAUAUCUGCAAGCAUCAUCCUCAUGCAUCUAACAAUGGAUCAGACAUUUUUUGAGAGAAAAUGAUUGAAAUAUGGACACCUGGAGGACAAUCAGUUGCAUCAGAAAUCUGAUAAUGUAAUGGUACACUGGUAUCUGCUCAGAUAUGUCGGUAUAAAUUCCCCAAAACAGAGAUUUUUGAAGUUCAAGUCUUUUAUGUGACCAAGUUUCAGAAGGUGAUAUGGUGAAACUUCCAAUAAGGUAGGGACCUAAGACAAACAAUGCAAGAGUAUUUUGUAAAUUACUCUUAGCAUCAUCUCUUUCUUGCCAUAGACCAGCAGUACAACUUCCAGGGAAUGCAACUCAUUUGUUUAGUUUUAGAGUUAAUGGAUAACAAUUCAUAUCGCUUUAAAUAGAACAGAUUGCCAAAACAGGAUUCAUGUAGCCAACCCCAUAUAGUUUAGUGUAUAACAUUUCGUGUAUUUCUAUAGGGAAAAAAUAGCUUAGACAUCAUUUGUGUCCUGAUGUUACCUUGCUUAUCCUUUGCGAUUGAAGCCAAGAAAAAACAUGGAAUACUUGCAUCCAUAUUAGAGCAAUCAAAUGGACUAUGGAGCUCCCUCAUGCCAUUACUUUAGAUAAGGAUGAUGAUAUGCUCCAAAUU